AUGCAAUUCUCCACCGCUCUCAUCGCCUCUGUGGCCGCUCUUGUGCCCAUGGCCAGCGCCGUUGGCCACGCCGUGGUCAAGAACAACUGUGCCCACACGGUCUAUCUAUGGUCCGUCGGCGGCUCUGUUGGACCAAUGCAGACUGUUGCGCCUGGCAAGUCAUACUCGGAGGUUCUACACCACGACCCCCAGUCUGGUGGAAUCUCCAUCAAGAUCACCAAGACUGCCAAUGGUCUUUACGACGGCAGCGCGCAGACCGACUUCGCUACACUCUUGACGGCAGCCAAGUCUGGUACGAUUUGUCUGAUGUCUUUGGGGACGCUUUCUCUGGAAAUUCCCUCUCUCGGUAGCCAGGUCAAGGACUGCCAGUCCACCACUGACAUUACCUUGAACCUCUGCGGUGCAAAGUGCUGA